AUGUCGGUCCAACUCCAGCCUUCGUCGCAACUGGGCUUCCAACGUUAGUCCAGUUUGCUUCUCCAUCUCGUGCCUCGUACGGGCAAAACGACGAGCGACGCGCGCGACGUGGUGACGACCGGUCGCAACGGCGUGCUGAGCUCAUCGAGGCGCGUGGGCCAGGGCCGGACCAGGCCAGGCCACCAGCCAGACCAGCCAAGCCGAGCGACCCAUUCAGCGAUGGUCCUGCUUCAACGCCAAGCCACGCUCACUGACACCUACUCUUUGCCUCUCAUCAGGCCCGUUGACUCAAUUGGUCAAGCGCACGCUCUCGGUCACCAACUCCAACUCGCAGCCGAUCGCGUACAAGGUCAAGACGACCGCGCCCAAGCAGUACUGCGUCAGGCCCAACAGCGGCAGGAUCGAGCCGGGCGAGACCGUCGAGGUGCAAGGUCAGUGGCUGGCGAAUCACGUUCAGCACCCCAAACACCUCGAAUCGACGCGUACGGUGGUCGGGGUUGCCGCCGAGGCCCAAUCGAGCGCGGUUGAGCCGAGCCUCCGUCUGGGUGGCCAUCGACCAUUCCCGCUUCUCGUGUGGGGUCGCCGCCGAUUCACAAAAGGGGCCGGGAUGUGGCGGGUGCAACCUCUCUCGUUCGCCGUGCAGCUCCGAGUCGCCGCUCGCGCUUGCCUCGGCCCUGUACCAGCUGGCAAGGGCAACUGCAAUCGCUUCAUGUGACUGUGACUUGCACCCCGUUACACUCUGCGUCGUUCCGACAUGAUCAUCACCGGUAGCGCUCCCGAAGUCAACGCGACCUGACAAACCUUUCCUCUCUUCUUCCAUUCAUUCCUGUCAACAUUCGCAGUCCUGCUGCAACCGAUGAAGGAAGAUCCUGCUCCGGGAACAAAGUGCCGCGACAAGUUCCUCGUCCAGUCCGUCAUCGUCACCCCGGACAAGGAGACCGCAGCUCUGCCAGACCUGGUGCGCCUCAUCUCCCGAUGCUCAGGACUGGAAGAGCCGAAAGCUGACUCGCCAGACGUCGGCUCUCUUUUGCAAACGACAGUGGGCUGCGGUCGAGAAAGAGGACAAAACGAGUGAUCGGAGCAUCAUCCACGAGCAAAAAAUACGUUGCAUCUAUCUGCCCGCCGCCGACGAAGGAGCAGCGAACGGGACCAUACCUGAAGAAGAGGUCGGUGGCCUUCUUUGCCGCAUUGACGGAGCACAAUUCGUCUUACGUCGCUGAUUGACUUCGCGUGACUUUCGCAUCGCAUCGUGAUACACAGAGUACCAGCACAAAAUCACCCAAGGCAGGCUUCGCCGAUGACGCCUCGGCAGAAGCCCCGUCGUCUACUCGAGUCGUUGAGCCGGAUUCUAAGCCCGCGGGGGGCCAACCCACGUCCGCGACGACCUCAAGCUCGAACGGCGCCAGCGAAUUGACCAGAACCGCCGGAGGUGCCGUUGUAGGCGCAGUAGCGGCCGUGAGUCUCAGCGGUGCCGCCAAGUCGAUCGCUCACGCCACAGGGGCCGCCGAGCCCAAGCGAUCCGACACUGGCGCAGCAAUUGUGACAAGUGACUCGAACAGCAGUGCUCAGGUCGAGAAACUUCAGAGCGAGCUAGCGAGUGCGCAGGCCGAAAUCGCGCGGUUGAAGGAGCACCUCGCUUUGGCCGAAACAAAUUCUGCGACACUUCGAUCUCGCGGAGUCGGAGCCGCGGACAAGGGUAGGACAGAGUCGGGCGCCGGCCAAGCUGUUGCGACGGACGCGCCGGUCGAGCACGAAGGAAUCCCAUUCCAGGUCGUUGCCGGACUCGUGGUCGGGACGUUCGUCAUUACGUGGUUAGUGCAUCAAGCCUGUAGCGUCCGUCUCUCUAGUCAACUCGCUGAUCACCGGCGCCACCUACUCUGUUCAGGCUAUUCUUCUGAAUCUGAGGAAGGUCAUGUUCGCUCCACCCGACCCGACCCACCAACGCAAUUCUUUUGCACUGGAUUCUCAUUCAUUUCUCUAUUUGCCCAUCGUCUGGCCGCUCGUGUAUUCCUUUCAUGAAAUGUUUAGGUCCCUCGCCGUCGUGAUCUUCGAUCUUCGUUCGCCGAGCGAGAGCAGCCUUCCUGGGCAUCGGAGACCUCUCAGAAAUGACUGGGUCCGGCACGAAUCCGUUCAGUGGUGGGGAUACACAUGA